AUCAGAUCCACUUCGUAUACACCUACUUAGUAACGAACAUUGGAUUUCAACUAGACUUACCCUUGCUGCAAUGUCUCUACUGCAGGAAAAGAGAUCGUCACCUUUCUUUGACGAGAUCACCGAGCUUCCGGCUCCCUCGGGAGCGGCGUUCAGAGGGACUGAUGGUAAUGUCCUUCGCGUCAAGUUCUCAUUCAACGAUCGCGAACGCAAAAUCAAACGGUCGUCCGUUACCACUUUCUUUGUAGCCGAGGAUGGAAGCAGCGCGUCGACCUCGUCAUUCGACGCCUCCGAUGUUUUAGCUUCCGCCGUGUCUCCCUCUGGCGCUCAUCAGGUUCACCUGCGUUCUGUCGCUGAUCCCGACAAUGGUUCGAAGAAGAGGCGUGUGGUGGAGGUGUGGAAAGACUCGCGGAUAAUUGCGUCGAUGGAUGUGACGGACAAGCAUGGGGACUUUCAUACGGAUGCCUUUCUCUCGAGUCUGUCAUUCUCUCCCUCCGAAACCGCGCUGAUCUACUGCGCCGAGCCCAACGGCGACAAAGACACCGAGAAGACUGACCCAUAUCAGAAAUGGCGCUUCGUUCCGCACGGUGGAGAAGGCAUGUCCAAGAAGAAACGGUCGGCGAUAUACCUCUUCCGCUGGAGUCAGCCAACGGCCUCGUCUACCCCUCCAUUCUCAAAACGGUCUGGGGACGACAUGUCCCUGAGCCUGCUCAAACCCUCCGACAUCCAGGGUCUAUCGCUUCCUGAUCUGUUUGGACAGGCUAUCUUCGCAUCGGAGGACCGUAUCUUUGCCGUUGGGUACAAGCAGACGAAAGACGGACGGAUGCUCGGGUUGAGGGGAUGCUUUAGUCGGCCAGUGGGCAUAUAUGCUCUAGGCAUCUCAUCUUCUCUAGGAACAUACAUCGUCUCCGCCAUCUCGAUGAUCUCUGAUCCCACCAAGUCCUGCCGCUCGCCCAAAAUCCUACGUAACGCGGAAGGUACACCUGUCCGCCUCUUCUGGCUGUCCAACACUACAGGCAAGGCACACAACGGAUGCACUACUCUCCAUUCUAUUGCUCUCACUCGCGACUCUGAGAUCCUAGGUACUAGCCGGGUUCUUGUGGACUCGGUAUGGGAUCCGGAGCCUGACGCGUUCCCCGGACUCUAUGUCAACAUGCUCCCUGAACAUCCGUUCGUUUCCGCUCGCGAUUCGACCUUCAUCGUAGCAUCGUCGACUUGGCGAUCGAGAAACGUGGUCCUGUUGAUCGACGCUUCAUCAGGCGCUGUGCGGAACGUGACACCUUCCGCGGACGAAACUGGCGGCCACUAUACCUGGGACCUGCUAUGCACGGACGGGAAGCGCCGGCUUGUGUGCUCGCGGCACUCGCCUGCCCGCCCUUGGGAAGUCCUGGUCGGAACACUGGAUGAUGCGGGUGAAGUCCGCUGGAAUGUAAUCCACAAAACGAUGGUGUCUACUGCAUUGGAAGCCGCCCUGUCCGAACUAGAGGUCUCGGUCGUCCCUGUCCCAGGGAGACCCUCUGUUGAGACCAUCGUGACGCGCCGACGCGGAGUUUCCGAGGCCAGGUCAAAGCCGUACUGUGUCUCAAUCAUGCAUGGUGGUCCUCACUCGUCGUCGUCGAGUAGUUUUUGGCACUAUACCACUGGGUUUGCGCUUGAAGGAUAUGUUACAUCCACACCAAAUUUUACAGGUUCCGUAGGGUACGGUCAGAAGUUCAUCGAAGAUCUCCUCGGGAACUGCGGGAGCCGCGACGUCGAGGACUGCAUGGCAAGCGUUAGACGCUUGGUCGAUCUCGGCAUCGCAGAUGCGAAUGGGCAGUUCGUCGCCGGCGCGAGCCACGGCGGAUUCAUCAGUGCCCACCUGAUCGGGCAGCAUCCCACCGCGUUCAAAGCCGCUGCGCUGCGCAACCCCGUCAUCUCCCUCGGAGACCUCUCGAGCGACAUGCCCGAUUGGUUCUUCCAGGAGAACGGCUUCUCUUAUGGGCCAGAGGCACUUAUGCGGCCAGAGAUGUAUACGAAGGUGUUCGCAAUGUCUCCGAUCGCGUACGUCGACGAUGUGCGAGCGCCCGUGCUGAUCAUGCUUGGCGAGGAAGAUAAGCGCAUGCCGCCGCUGGUGCAUGGGAAGGAGUAUUACCAUGCGCUCAAGGGCCGGGGCAAGGUCGUGGAGAUGUUGAUGUUCCCCGGGCAGGGACAUACGUUAGAUGGUGUUGAGGCAACGAGGGUUGGAUGGGAGGCAACGAGGGACUGGUUCGCCUCCGUUGCACAAGAGGAUUAGUGAGUGAUGCGUGUACGUACACAACACUCGCAGUGAUGCCUCAAAGCACGUCUGUGUGUCUUGUAAUGAC